CAAGGAAGUUGACCUUCUUCCUUCUUUUUUUUUUUUUUAUUUCCUCAUUUCUUUUCCUUUGUACAUAUACUUACUUCUUUACAACAAUGGAAACUGCUGCUACCACUGGUACUACUACUGCUACUGCUGCUACUACUACUGCUGCCACUUCUUUGCCUUCUCCUACUCAACUUGUUAAAGAUACAAGAUCGACUUUUCGAGAACAACUCAAUGAUCUUGCUUUUGGAGCUGUAAGUCAGCAAGGUAUAUAUAUUUUUUUUUAAUAUUAUUCUUCUGUUAUUUAGAUAGCAGGUAUGGUUGGUAAACUGAUUGAAUAUCCUUUUGACACUAUCAAGGUACGACUACAAACACAACCUCUGGAUCGUCCUUAUUAUUCUGGACCUACAGCAUGUUUCUUUUCCAUGUUGAAAAACGAAGGAGCUACUAGCUUUUACAAGGGUAUGGCUUCACCAUUAGUAGGUGCAAUAGUGGAAAAUGCAGCACUAUUUGUUGGUUAUCGACAAAUCCAAAAGAUGAUCCGACAUUAUACAAUGAUAGACAAGGAGAAUAAUAGCCUUAUGGAGUUUGAAGUAGUACCAUUGUCCCAAAGUCAAUUAGUAUUAGCUGGUGCAUUGUCUGGUACUCUAGCUUCCAUAGUUUUGACUCCUGUUGAAUUGAUCAAAUGCAAACUUCAAGUACAACUAGGUAAUGGCAACUAUAAUCGACGAUAUACUGGUCCUCUAGAUAUUAUUCGACAUACAAUCCAUCAACAUGGUAUGACAGGAUUUUAUCGUGGGUUUUUGGCAACUUGUAUCCGAGAAACUGGUGGUGGUGCUUGUUGGUUUGGAUUUUAUGAAUAUACUUGUGAUCGAUUCAUUCAAUUACGACGACAAGCUAGCGGAAAUCAACAAAUCACCAAGGCUGAUUUAUCCCCUUAUGAACUUAUGCUUGGAGGUGCUUUUGGUGGUGUGGCAUAUAAUAUUUCAUUCUUCCCUGUGGAUGUAGUCAAGUCUCAUAUGCAAGUGGAUGAAGAACAAUUACGGAUAGGGAAAACAAGUCGAUCCUUUAUGCAAACUACAAGAGAGCUUUACAACGCUGGCGGAAUCAAGGCUUUCUAUCGAGGAUGUGGUAUUACUGCUGCUAGAAGUGCACCUACAAGUGCCAUCAUCUUUAUGACUUAUGAAUUACUUUCUGGUCACUUUUCCUAAUCACAACCAUCACCAUCUAUUAAUUCAAUCAUUUAUAUUACCAUCAUUCUUAUUAUUAUCCUUAUUAUUAGUAUUACCAUGAUCAAAUCCCCUCCUUCUUUGUACAUCUUUCUUAUAAUAUCAUUUUAGAUUUACUUGUAUUAUUUCAUUUUGUAUUAAAAAAAUUCCCAGUUCUUGUCUUCUCUCAAUAAAGAAAAAAAAAAGUAAUCAUUUUUACAAAAGCCAUCUCAAGUAAA